AUGAAACUGUCAGACGUGGAGGCGGUCCGGCUAUUCGAUGAUCUCUUUCACAGUGAACUCGAACAUUUGCAGAAAGCAUCAGUCACAGUGGAAUCUACGACGAAACCUCCAGCAGGGAAUUUGGGAAACAACAAGAAUCAGACACCAUCACAUGUGCUCUAUGAUGAGGACUAUCCAGAAGUGAAUCGCACUCUGGUCAGCUUAUUAGCGAUUAAAUGGGUCUUACAUGGGGAUUAUGCCUCGUUCACAGACACUCAAAAAGCCAACAAGCUCUCCAAAAAAUCAUUUGACGAUCUGCGAAAAUUUUACAACCGUUUAGUGAAAACAGAUGAGGACUUACAUGCGCUGUUAGUUGCCAUGGCGAUCGAUGACAUAGGCAAGGAUCCAAAUCUUUCUCAGGAACUGGAAAAACAUCUUGGCGGCGUUCCAGUGAAAGCCAAAGAUCAUUCGGACUUGGUCUACCAGGCAGCAAAAUCUGAAGAAGCAGCAAAAGCAAAGCUCAUUCCAUCGCUGGAGAUGGUCCCGCCCAGCUCCCGUGCUGACAUCCUCGGCUGUCUCCACAUAGGCUCACAACUGAACAUAUCCCAAGCCGUGCAAGGAGAAUGUCCACCUGCUAGCCUGCGGAUUCUCUCCACCGAGCUCGGCAAAGGAAACGCAAUCAAUCUGCGGGCCAUGCUCACAUUCCUUGACGUGGCAGGGGCUGCAGGGCAUGUAGACAGUCGCAGCUGCAUUGUUAUGACCGAGCCUGUUUUCCAGGCUUAUAUGUCUGCCCUUAAAGCCUUUGAGGAAUUUUCAAAUGGUAGCAUAGUGUCGCCUCGUGCCUGCUAUGACCAUAUUAUAGAGACUCGAGCUGAAGGUCUUCGGAAAUUAGGCUUUGAGUUCCCGGUCUCUGCAAACGAAGCACGGGCGCUCUCUCGGUUGCUUUGCAUGGGCCGCGUGACUACCAUCGAGCAAGCAAAUCAGUUCAAACAGGCGCUUGAUAAGCUCGCACCGGAAGCUAAGAAAAAUCUUAUAAAUGGAUUAAAUGUGGAUGGCAUAGAUGAUGGGGUUGCAAUACUUCCUUACUAUGCCCCUGGUCUUCUUGCCGAUGCCACCAAAGACACUGAUAAAUCAGAUGAUGUGGUGAUUCCAAUACUAUCUGCCUUUUUCCGCUUCUUAGGAAGGGUUUUUAACGGGUCUGAGCCGACACCUGGAGCUAAGGGUGAUAUCAUUGAACGGGAUUUGAGCUUUGUGCAGGAGAAAAUCAAGAGUGAGGAUUUCCGAUCUCAACCUGAGAUUUUGGAUGGAGUCGGUUUUCCUUGGUAA